AUGAAAAAUGGUCCCACACGCAGAAUAGUUGAGUAUGAUGUAGACGGCAGAAAAGAGGACCUGUUCGAAGUCAAUAAGGCGGCUGGUGUUGAUCUUUUCGAGGGUGAUAUUGUGUUGAAUAAGAAACAAGUGAGGAACUCCAUAAUUGGGGAGCAGUACAUAUGGCCGCAGACUGUGCCGUACUAUCUGGAGGACAGCUUGGAUAUCAAUGCAAAAGGGGUGAUACUGAAGGCCUUUGAGCAGUACCGCCUGAAGACAUGCAUUGACUACAAACCCUGGAGUGGAGAGAAGAACUAUAUCUCUGUGUUUAAAGGCAAUGGGUGCUAUUCUUCUGUGGGAAAUCAACAUGUGGGAAAGCAGGUAUUAUCAAUCGGUGCAGGAUGUGACCGCAUUGCCACUAUCGAGCACGAGUUCCUCCAUGCCCUCGGCUUCUGGCAUGAGCAGUCGCGCGCUGACCGCGACGACUAUGUGACCAUCAUGUGGGAUCAUAUCGAAAGUGGCAAGGAGCACAAUUUCAACAAAUACAAUGACACAACAUCUAGCUCGCUCAACGUGCCCUAUGACUACGGUUCCAUGAUGCACUACAGCAAGAACUCCUUCCGCAACGGAACAGAGCCCACAAUCGUCACCAAUAUUCCUGCCUUCAUCGACGUCAUCGGUCAGCGCAUGGAGUUCAGCGACAGUGACCUGCUCAAGCUAAACAGGCUCUAUAACUGCACGAGCGCCUCAACUUUUUUGGACACCUGUGACUUCGAAGAGGAAAAUAUUUGCGGGAUGAUCCAGAAUCAUGGCGACAAAGCAGACUGGGUACGGGGAGGCCAGGCAGUCGGUGGACCUCACACUGACUAUUCUAACAUGGGACGCUGUAAUGACACAGGCUACUUCAUGCACUUCAGCACUAUCACUGGCACUGCAGGGGAUAAUGCUCUUUUGGAAAGUAGGAUGCUCUACCCUAAACGUGGCUACCAGUGCCUACAGUUCUUUCAUUACCACAGUGGAAACCUUAAUGAUAAGCUGAACAUUUGGGUGCGAGAGUACAACCAAGCCAACCCUAAUGGUACCCUUCGCUUUAUCCAGCAAAUCAGUGGACCACCGGAGCCCCUGUGGCAGCUACACCACGUUAGCCUGAACGUUACCACAAAGUUCCGUGUGGUGUUUGAAGGAGUCAAGGGUGUUGGAAUCUCACCAGGUGGUUUUUCCUUGGACGACGUGAACCUCUCUGAGACCACCUGCCCAGAACACAUGUGGCGGAUCAAAGAUUUUAAGAGCGUAAUGGAAAGUACACCAGAGGGCACUCCCAUUUACAGUCCACGGUUCCGUUCCAAGUACGGCUACACCUUCCAGAUGAGUUUAUAUCCUAAUGGUAAGGAUACCCCCAAAGAGCUGGGAGUCUACGCCCAUCUGACAUCUGGGGAUGACGCGGUUGAUAAUAAUCUCACAUGGCCUUGCCCGUGGAUGCAGAUGACCAUGAUGCUGAUGGAUCAGAAUCCAGACAUUCGUAAGCGCAUGUCCAACCAGAGAAGUGUGACGACCCACCCCAAUGAGACAACAGAAGGAACUACAUCCCUGUUUUGGGAUGACCCACGUAAAGUGGGAACAGAAGAAACUGAGAGCGGGACUAAGUACUUCCGGGGCCCUGGAGCAGGAACGUCUGUGUACCUGACCCAAGCUAGAGCACUCAGCAGAGACUUUAUCAAGGGUGAAGAUGCCAUCUUCCUCCUAACCAUGGAAGAUAUUUCACACUUGGUGCCUUCACAACCGCUUCCUCAGACAACAGUCCCUCCGGCCCACACCACUCCUACCCAUGAUCCAUGUAGCAAACUGAUCUGUGAAAAUAACGGAGUGUGUGUGAUGGACGAUGCAGCAAAAGCAGUGUGCAGGUGUGCAGUGGGUGAGGAUUGGUGGUACUAUGGGGACAGAUGUCAGUUUAAGAGUUCGAACCAGGACAGCGUGAUCACGGCGGUUGUGGCUUCGGUUGUAGUGUUUGCCUGCAUGCUGGUGGUGACGAUAGUGAGCGUGGUGUGUCUGAAGAAGAAGCACAAGAAGAAGAUAAAUAGGAUGAACGGUGGAAUCACUAUAGGAAAUAUUAGUGCACAUUAA